AAUUUCACUUGUGUCGGUCACAAAGCUAAACCAAUUUGUAAGCGGAAGCAAGCAAAGAAAUUUAUUUAUAUUUAAAUACCUCAAUAUGUGUAUAUAAACAUACAUAUAUAAUUGACAUACCUAUAUAUAUUGAGCUUAGGCAACAAUUUCGAUCACUCAGUUUUGUGCUGCAUCCACCAGGCCCACUUAAGAGCCAAUUAGCUGCGCCCUAAAUGAUGCCCGAAACGGAACGCGAAUCGUUGGUGGCAGCAGAAAUGAUCAGCGGCGCCUUGGCGCACGGUUAUGGCAUAGUCAAAGACAAACAGCAACACCAGCACCAUCAACAACAGCAGCACCAGCAACACCAACAGCAGCAACAGUUACAACAACAGCUGCAGUCAGAAUCAGCCACGGCUUACAACAUGGCCAUCAACUCGUAUGUCUACAGCAGCUCAUUGACAAUACCGCCCUCGGCGGCGUCAAUGGUCAGCCCCAGCAGCAAGGAGAAGCUGGUCAAUAUGCUGCGAGUGCGCGAUAAUAACAACAGCAGCGGCAGCAACAGCGCUAGUCCCAUCUCCGCUGGCAGCUCGCCCACAACGUUUCUACAGAAGCAACUGGAGGCACCUUCUAGUCGUCAAUCAACGACUACUCAGCAGCAACAGCAACAGCAGCAACAGCAACAGCUACAGCAGCAACAGCUACCACAGCAACAGCAGCGACGCUCCAUAACACCCUUUCCCACCAACAUAGCCACAACGACCACUUCGAGCCACACGGCUAGCUGGCACGCUCAUGUCUACGCACGUCCGCCUAAUAGACCCACGCCCCAUUCAAUUGCAGACAUACUGGGCAUGGCCAUGGCCGAUAAAAUUGCGUACGAGGGCGCCGUGGCCGCCGCCGCUGCCGCUGCCGUUUCGACAGCCACCGCCAACAGUUCGGCCACUUCACCAAAGAGCAUUCUGCGAAGUAUCGAGCAGCAGUACGCACAGCAGCCCCAUGAACAGGAACAGCGCGCGCAUCGCAGCGCCUCAAUGAGCGAUGUCAGCGAGGAGGACAGUGCAGUCAGCUCAGCAGCAGCAACAGCAGUGGGAGCAACGGCAGCAACGGCAGCAACGGUAGCAGCAGCAAAUGUCACAGCGGCAGCCCCGCUCGAUCAGCCAUUAAAUCUGUGUGUGGCCAAAAAGUCGCGGGACAGCAGCACCACAUCGCCAAUGCCGGCGGCCAGGCAAAGCCAGCUGCUGGGAAAGACCAGCGCCAAGAAGGAGCACUCGAGCAAGCCGGCAGCGAAAAAGAAGAAGCUAACGGUCGAUCUGCCGCCGGACGUAAGUCCCACUGGCAGCAGCGACAGCCUAAUGCGGGAUAAGCUGCUGGCCAAUAACAGUUCGCCCAGCAGCGCCCCCCACGCCGCCCAGCCGCCGAGCAACAACAACAGCAACCUGGAGACCACCGAGGAUGACUCCGACUCCGGCUCAACGGACGCACGCCGCAAAAAGAAGGCGCGCACCACCUUCACGGGUCGCCAGAUCUUCGAGCUGGAAAAACAGUUCGAAAUUAAGAAAUAUCUCAGCUCCAGCGAACGCACCGAAAUGGCCAAGCUGCUGAAUGUCACCGAAACGCAGGUAAAAAUUUGGUUUCAAAACCGACGCACAAAAUGGAAAAAACAGGACAAUGUCACAAACAACGAGGCUGCCGAGCAUAAAUCGUCCAGGCCCACAUCCACAGAACAGCAAUCCAAAGGCAACAACAACAACAACAGCAACACUGGCUCUGUUGAUGAUGGCGGCUGUCAACCUACGUCCAUCACGGCUAGCAAUAUGGAGGCUACACCAAAGAAGGCGUCCAAUGGUCAAGGGGAUAAAUCACGCGGCAAUAGCACUAACAACAACAACAGCAAUAACAACAACAGCAACAUCAACAGCAACAGCAGCACAUUAACACCAACUAAAAGCGGCAGCGGUAAUAAUGAAAACAAAUUGCAAACAAAGCAUGCGACGACCAAAAUUAAAAAGCAAUUGAAUGCAUUGCUGGAGAAGACCGCAAAAGCCGCAAACAGCCCAGCAGUAGGCAAUGUAGCUAAUGCUAGCGCUAAUGCCAGCGAUUCCACACCGAUUGCUGGCAAUAACAACAACAACAACAACAGCAGCAGCAAAUCAGCUGAGAAACGCAAUGCGAACAGCAACAACAACAACAACAAUAGCAUUGGUGAGACCUUUCACCACCAUCGGCUGCACCAGCAUGCCAUACCGCUGACUGUGGAGCCGGCGGCGCCAUUGGAGCAGACUGAGAAGCUGGAAAUCAAACUGGAGGAGUCUCCGGCGUUGAGUUUGCAGCGAGCGGCGGUUGCUGCUGCAGCUGCCCAGGAAAAUGGAAGCAGCUCACCCUCGAAGGCAUUGCUGGCUGAAAUGGACUUUGAGAGCAAGCUGGCCGCCUCCAAGAUAUCGAUUGCCCUGGCUAUGGCCAAUACGAAGCUGCAGGGCGGCGACGUACAGGAAGCAGCCGAAAUGAACGAAAGUGAAUCGGAGGACGAGGAGACGGCCAGUGAGCCGGGCACAUCCACCGAGGCACAAGAUUCCCAGGAUCAUGAUGUGCAAAUGGGUUAGGCCGAAAAAAAGCCAAAGCCCCCCGCAAUCCCCCACAUUUCACGCCUAGCCAGUCAAAUUAACUCGUGCCAAAAAGAAAAAAAAAUAUUGUCGAAUAUUGCUCAAGCACACGGCCAGCUCUCAGCCAAGAUUCGUUUCUAUUUAGCAAUGAUCACUUGAUGUCUGUUGUCUGUGUGUGCGUGUGUGUAUGUGUGCUUGUUAGUUGUAGGCAUUUACACAUAUUUAUGUAAUUUAUUGAAUGUAUGUAUGCGUUAGAUUUAAGUAUAGGCUUUGUAAAUGUUGCCAUUAGAAUCGCAUUUAAAUGUUUAAUGUGCAGUUUAAAAAAUACAACAUAAAAUAAAUGCAAAAUACUAUUAUAAUUGUAA